GCUAGUACUGGCUACUGCCGUGCACGGAUAACAUUUCCGAGUAUGAUAUCAAUAUAACGACUGCAUUGCUAUCUUUGUUGGCACUACACUACACCUCACCUCACCAAGUGACAGAACAAACUUAUCGUCGAGAAACGGUGCACAUGGUGCAAUCAACGGGAGAUGGAAGCAGUGGCGGCGGAAUGUAACAGAAACUAACCUGCGAAAACGUUGUUCUUCGACAAAUCAGAAUCGCUGGAGACCACAUGAACAGGUUUCUCGAGUUCCUUCUCGAAGUAUUCCUUCAGCUGUUGAGUCCGCAAGGAUUUUCCACUACUCGGAAAUCCACACACCACAACCAGCGGCAUCUUACCUAAUUUCCAGCAAUGCUUCCUAGAUGGCGACGAUUGUCCACUUUUCCAUUGGCGUGUACGUUGUCACGUGACAAACGGAUUGCGCGCCUUUUUCAUUCAUAUUAUUUACGGCAAGUCGAGACGCGCAGGUGUAGCACAAUGCCGGGCGAAAUUUGUGGACCCGUCCUCAGGUUUGCAAAACUCAGCCCUAAUGCGUACGUGCCGACGAGGGGCUCGAAGAAAGCAGCAGGUUACGAUCUCUACAGUGCCUACGAUUAUGUUGUGGCACCCCACGAGAAAGCGCUCUGCAUGACAGAUAUACAGAUUCAAGUUCCCGAAGGAUGUUACGGUCGUGUCGCACCUCGGUCUGGUUUAGCCGUGAAACACUUUAUCGACGUUGGAGCCGGCGUUAUUGAUGAAGACUACCGGGGAAAUGUUGGUGUCGUCCUCUUCAACUUUGGCAGCCAAGAGUUCAAAGUGAAUAAGGGGGACAGAAUUGCACAGCUGAUCUGCGAGAGAAUAACGUAUCCAGAUCUUGAGGAAGUUGAGUCGCUGGACAGCACUGCACGGGGUGAGGGAGGAUUCGGCUCAACGGGUACCAACUGAAUGUUGUCCCCAUUUCCCUUUGUUAACAUUUCACAUUGUUCUAUUGUCAAUGGUCAUGCCAAAGAUUUCUGGUUGUACCAAAGAUCUCUAAUAACUUUAACUCCCACCUGUUUCUGUUACUGAAUAUACUGAAGGUGGUGAUGCCUGUGCUAGUGCUUUGUACAUGACCUGAGGAGGACCCAGCUUGUCAACUGUUGUAAAAAUAAAGCUUUUUAAUGUACAA